GCUCUUCGCCAUGUGAAGCCUGAAACCCAGCUCUACCCUCUCUGACUCUCUUGUCUCUAAAUUUUCUAUUACUCUAUUAACCCACCAUUCAUUUCACUCAUUAAGCAAAUUCUGGAUCCAAAGUCUCAAACUUUCCUUUUCGUUCUUGUAGUUUUCUGGUGCUAAAACGAAACCCCAACCAACCCACCUCAAAUCUUCCUUCCGUUUCACUUAAUACACCAAGAACUGAAAGCCCUCCCGCAACCGCUUAAACCCUUCAAAUCUGUUCUCUCUGGGUUCUUAAAUGCGAUGUUGGAGCAGAACCGAGCCCCGAAGAGCAGGGGCUUCUAUGUCAGAAUGAAGCUCCAGAACAGCAAACAUGGCCGGCCUCAAGACAAGGGCUCCUUCUACACAUAUUGCAAAUGGGUCCUCUGGCUCUCCCUCACCCUCUACUUCUUCAGCUCCUACCUCAUUAGCAACCACCCAAAUCAGAACAAGCCCACCACCUCUCUCUCCAAAACUCAUUUCUCCACCUUACCCUCCCGUGCCCUUUUCGAAUCCGUCAUUGACAACACGACCACCGCCCUCCUCAAAAACAAAGAACUGUUCAAAGGCUUGAAGGUUUUCGUGUACGACUUGCCGGCCAAAUACAACACGAACUGGCUCUCCAACGAUCGGUGUAGAACCCACUUGUUCGCCGCCGAAGUGGCAAUUCACCGGGCCAUUUUGACUAGCGAUUUUUUUACCUCUGACCCUUCCCGAGCCGACUUCUUCCUCGUUCCGGUCUACGUGUCCUGUAAUUUCAGCACCGUCAAUGGCUUCCCAGCCAUUGGUCACGCCCGGACCCUCAUAGCCUCCGCCGUCCAGCUCAUCAGGACCCGUUACCCUUUCUGGGACCGGAACCAAGGCUCCGACCACGUCUUUGUCGCUACCCACGAUUUCGGCUCUUGUUUUCACACAAUGGAGAAUGUGGCGAUCGCAGAUGGAGUCCCGGAUUUUCUGAAGAAAUCGAUCGUUUUGCAGACGUUUGGGGUGAAGCAUAAGCACCCAUGUCAAGAGGUUGAGAAUGUGGUCAUUCCGCCGUACGUUUCGCCGGAAAGCGUCCGGAAAUCGCUGGAGAAUGCUCCGGCGGACGGCCGGCGGGACAUCUUCGCGUUCUUCCGGGGCAAAAUGGAGGUCCACCCGAAAAAUGUCAGCGGAAGAUAUUACAGCAAGCGGGUGCGGACUAAUAUAUGGCGGAAGUACAACGGCGAUAGGAGGUUUUACCUACAACGGCGUCGUUUCAUGGGCUAUCAGUCGGAGAUUGUUCGGUCCGUUUUCUGUUUGUGCCCUCUUGGGUGGGCCCCGUGGAGUCCGAGGCUGGUUGAGUCGGUUGCGCUUGGGUGUGUCCCCGUGAUCAUAGCGGACGGGAUAAGGCUGCCCUUCGACGACGUCGUUCCGUGGGCGGAGAUUUCGCUAACCGUGGCGGAGAAGGACGUGGGCAAAUUGGGAACUAUACUCGAACACGUGGCGUCAACGAACCUGAGCGCUAUACAAAAGAACAUAUGGGACCCGAGGGUGAGGCGGGCCCUGCUGUUUCACGAUCGCAUCCAACCAGGGGACGCCACGUGGCAGGUUCUCUCCGCCCUGGAGAACAAGCUGGCGAGGUCCUACAGGCGUGGGAGUGUUUCCAGCGAAUGAGGAUGUGCCACGUAGGAUUUGAUUUUUUGGGACUUGGAAUUUUGGUGGGAGGAGGAGGGCUGAGGAGAGAGAAUGUGGGAAUGGGUCCGCCGGCCAAUGAGGUUUGGGGCCUGCGUCCUUCGUUCCCAUGUGUACAGAGGAAGUGGAAGACAGCUAGAGAUUUCUCAUACAUUUGUGAGAGUGGGGCCCACCGGGGAACAUAUACUGAGAUUAUUAAUUAUGGACAAAUGACGUGGCGUGCUGUGAUUGAUUGUGUACUGCGGUUGUGCAGUAAAUACAAUAAAUACUCCUGUGCAUAUAUUAGUAUAUUACUAGGAAACACUGUAAAAAAAGAGCCAUCUUUUUUUUUU